CCGUCCCGCCCCGGUGCCGCCCCGUCCCGUCCGCCCGGACUUUACCUCCCGGCCGGGCCCGCGCCGUUCCGGGCCAUGUGAGCCGCAGGGUCGGGCCGCGGGGCCGUCACCGAACCGGUGCCGGUAUGGAACGCAGGAAGGUCUUCGUGGUGCUCGACGUGCUCUGCGUGGUGGUCGCAUCUCUGCCCUUUGUCAUCCUGACGCUGGUGAACUCCCCGUACAAACGAGGCUUCUACUGCAACGAUGACUCCAUCCGCUACCCCUACAAGGCAGACACCAUCACCCAUGGCCUCAUGGCUGGGGUCACCAUCACCUGCACCGUUCUCAUUAUCUCUUCGGGGGAGGCGUACCUGGUCUACACAGAGCGCCUCUACUCCAAGUCGGAGUACAACAACUACCUGGCUGCCCUCUACAAGGUGGUGGGGACCUUUCUCUUCGGGGGGGCCAUCAGCCAGUCCCUCACUGACCUGGCCAAGUACAUGAUCGGCCGCCUGCGGCCCAACUUCUUGGCAGUCUGCAACCCUGACUGGUCCAAGGUGAACUGCUCCAUCUACGUGCAGCUGGAGAAUGUCUGCCAAGGGGAGAGCAGGAACGUCACCGAGUCCAGGCUGUCCUUCUACUCUGGGCACUCCUCCUUUGGGAUGUACUGCAUGAUGUUCCUGGCGCUCUACGUGCAAGCCCGGCUGGUGGGGAAGUGGGCCCGGCUGCUGCGUCCCACCAUCCAGUUCUUCCUCCUCGCCUUCGCCAUCUACGUGGGCUACACGCGGGUCUCCGACUACAAGCACCACUGGAGCGAUGUGCUGGCCGGGCUGCUCCAGGGCGCGCUCAUCGCCGUCCUCAUCGUCCGCUACGUGUCUGACUUCUUCAAGCACCGUCCACCCCGGCAGUGCGACGAGAAGGACCCGGAGCGCAAACCCAGCCUGCCACUCACCCUGAGCGACGCCGACCGCAAUCACUACAGCUACCGGGGCGCCCCGUGAGCCGCACAUGGGGCCCGGACUGCGGGAGUGGAGAGCUGGGGGGAAAACACGGGGCCUGGUGCCCGCCAAUGGCUCCAUCGCACUGUGCCACAGCCUUGCCCUUCCCUGCUCCUGGCAAUGCCGUGGCUUUGGGAUCCGUGGAGCGGGGGAGGCCUCGGGCCUGGGCUGGGAUCUGCGGGGCCUGGGAGCAGGGCAGGGGGAGGCCUUGGGCCUACCCCAGCACUGUGAGGCCUACCCCAGUGCUCUGAGGCCUAUCCUGGCACUCUGAGGCCUAUUCUGGCACCUUGAGCCUAUCCCGAGGCCUAUCCCAGCUCUCCAGGGCCUAUCCCGAGGCCUAUCCCAGCUCUCCAAGGCCUAUCCCGAGGCCUAUCCCAGCUCUCCAAGGCCUAUCCCGAGGCCUGUUCCAGCGCUGCAUGCCUUAUCCCGAUCAAACACUACCGCCUUACGAGCACAAACCCUCACAGCACAACGGGAGGAGGACAGCCCGCUGGGCCAGCACGACUUUUUUUGGAAAGGAUUGAAGCAGCCCAGAGCUCAGCUCUGUUCCCUGAUGAACUUUAACAGCCAUUCUGUGGAGCAUACGGCUGCUCCAACCCUUCGGGCGCUGUGGCUUCAGUGGGUCCUCUAUGGGGUGGUUGGGGCAGGGGGAAGGGAGAAAUCUUCUGUGGUAAAGGGGGGGAGGGGGGAAGGGACGUGGAGCUGUAUAUGGGGCUCUUAUCACUGGGGGAAGGUAGGGAAUGGGCGCAUCCGUCCCGGAUCUGAAUUGCAGCCGCCUCUGGCAUGGGCGAGCUGUGAGCCCAGAGAGAAGCGACAUGCGUUUGUGUGAUGAUGUGUUUUUGUAAAAAUGUGUUUUUUAAAUUAGAUCAUCGAGAAAGAA